AUGUCGGACACCGACGGGUCCCCGGAUACCUGGAUUUCGUCAUAUUGCUCACUGAUGGGCCAUGAGUUUUUUGCGGAAGUGUCGGAAGACUUCAUCGAAGAUGAUUUCAAUUUGACCGGCUUGCAGUCCCAGGUUCCCUGGUACAAAGAGGCGCUUGAAUUGAUCCUAGAUGUGGAGCCUGAGGAGGAUGAGGAGGACGAAGAUGACGAUGAGGAGGACGAGGACGAGGACGCUCUACUGGCAGGUGAUAGGCUUCCCGGGUAUAGGAGAACGGGCGAGCGAAAACAUUCGCGUGUCGCCAGUGAUCUGAGUGUGAUUGAGAGCUCGGCAGAGUUACUGUCAAAACGAAAGCUUGUCCCCUACCCAGACCUACCAUUCAACAACAACAAACACCCGGCAUACACCGUCCAUAACCUCCCCAACAACACCCUCUAUCUCCCAAGCCCUUUCACCCCAGCCCGCCCAGAUAAACGGCAUGAUGAUAUCAUACCUUUGCCCAGGGCCUGGGGGCAAGGCAAAUAUAUGAGCCACGGAUUUACGGCUUUAAAGUGGCUGAGCGUGCCAAGUCCGGUGCCGCGCAUGAAAUGGCUUCGGAUGAAACCGGACGAUAUUAACGAACUGGACGAGAGCGCUAUAUACCACGCAUCGCACCCCGAAGGAGAGGCCGACGAGGAUGCGGAUAUGGAGAUGGGAGCGACAGAAUCACCGCAACAGGCAGCUAUCAACCGGAGGAAAAAAGCCCCCAUACGGAGACGGAGACACCAAAACCCGGAUUUAAUGAAUUCUAAUGAUAAUGUAUGUUCCUUUUCUUUCAAGUUUUGA